UGUCAUUACCAUUCCCUGAAACUCUACAAGAAGUGGAGGUUCCAGUUUUGGGAAACAGACAGUGUAACUGUCUCAAUGGAGUCGGUCAAGUCACAGACAACAUGAUCUGUGCUGGUGUUCUGGCAGGAGGCAAAGACUCAUGUCAGGGUGACUCAGGAGGUCCAAUGGUGAACAAACAGGGCUCCAUCUGGGUCCAGUCUGGAGUAGUUAGUUUUGGAUUUGGUUGUGCUCGGCCCAAUCUGCCAGGAGUCUACUCCAGAGUGUCCCGUUACCAGUCCUGGAUCAACUCCAUCAUCGGCUCUGAUGGGCCAGGCUUUGUCCAGUUCACCUCCAGUGGGCUGGAUGCUGACAGCAGUUACACCUGUCCUGGUCUCCCACCUCCUGUUAUUACUACCACUAYUGCUACUGGUCCUAGUACUGAAGGACCACAAGCUACAACCACYRAUGCACUGUCUGAAACCACAAGUCCAGACUCUGCCAUGUCAAGUGCURAAUGUAAGUACUCUGACUACCAYCGUUUUCUAAGUUGGUCAUUUUAUUAUGACUCURCUCCAGCAACAGCUGGUGAAGCUACACUGGAUAAUGGAGGCUCACGUCUACAGUGCAGUACUUAA